AUGGCCAUUAUAUCUCCCAACACAAUAAAAGUGAUUUGCCCAGUCUGUAACAAACCCAUACAAGAGACUUGGAUAAACCAACAUCUUGACAGCAACUGCGAGACACUUGCCCCAAAUGCCUCGUUCAAAAAAGAGGCGUCUGGCAAGAGCAAAAAUGAGGACGCCGGUUUUAAUUUCUUUACGCUCAAAACGCUUAAACGCAAAAACGCGUCAGAGUCACUUGGCGAAGGAAAUAUAAUCGAAAUUAAUGAAAAAUCAAACAAGAAAAACAGCGAGUCAAAAAAUGUACUCGUAACGAAAUCACCAAAACGGUUGAAGCAGGACAAGUUGGGAGCCUUGACGCCUCUUGCCGCGAGAGUUCGACCGACGACUCUUGACGACUUUAUUGGACAAGAACAACUGAUUGGCCCGCAAGGAAUAUUGCGUACGCUUAUGGAACAAGAUAAAAUACCAUCAAUGAUUUUAUGGGCUCCAUGUGGAUGCGGGAAGACGACUUUAGCAAGAAUUAUUGCCAAGAUGACAAAAUCUAUAUUCAAAGAAUAUUCGGGUGUUGCAAGUGGUGAGAUGUUGAAUCAUAAAACUGAUGGAGCUGCCGAUAUGAAAAAAGCAUUUGAAGAGGCAAAGAACGAACAAAGGUUGACGGGCCGACGAACUAUUCUUUUUUUGGACGAAAUUCAUCGAUUCAACAAAGCACAGCAAGAUCUAUUCUUACCAUAUGUUGAAUCAGGAACAGUCACGCUGAUCGGCGCCACCACCGAGAACCCUUCAUUUAAAAUCAAUUCGGCACUUUUGAGCAGAUGCAAAAUGUUUACGUUGAACAAAUUAUCUACAGAGGAAGUAAUUACUAUUCUCAAGAGGGCGAUAAACGACCUGCGUGGAAAUAAAGACGAAAAUGAAACGGGAGUUCAAGAGACUGAAGAUAUGAAGAAAGACGAAGCCGAAGGUGUUAGUGAUGAAGCGCUAGAAUUUCUCGCUGUGAUGAGUGAUGGAGACGCUCGUACCGCUCUCAAUGCCUUGGAGAUGGCCUGGCAUGGUUGUAGAGGGCGAGAAAUUACCAAAGAGGAUAUAAAGAACGUUUUGCAAAAGUCUCAUCUACAAUAUGAUAAGGAUGGAGAAGAACAUUACAACAUUAUCAGCGCUUUGCAUAAGAGUAUGAGAGGCAGACUGUUUAAUUGUCGAUACUGGUUGCUGCUAGCUAGUUUGUAUUGGUUGGGCCGAAUGUUAAUCGGAGGCGAAGACCCAUUAUAUAUAGCUCGACGAUUAGUGCGCUUUGCUUCGGAAGAUGUUGGGCUGGCUGAUAAUACUGCCUUGAAUCUGGCGGUAGCCACAUAUCAAGCGUGUGCAUUCAUAGGCAUGCCGGAAUGCGAAGUCAAUCUUGCGCAUUGCGUUGUUUAUUUGGCGGAAACCGCGAAGAGUGUUCGAGUUUAUCGAGCAUAUAAUAGGGUGAAACAUGCUGUGAACACAGAAUAUGCUUAUCCGGUCCCAUUGCACUUGAGGAAUGCUCCCACGUCUUUGAUGAAGGAUCUUGGAUACAGUAAAGGGUACAAGUAUAAUCCUAAUUAUGAAGGCGAAGUCGAUCAGGACUACUUCCCCUCAGAAAUGAAGACGCGAGUAUUCCUUAACGAUGAUGCUUCAACGAAAGGCAAGCAAACUAGUGCGUCUGGGAUGCAGGAGGGGAGAGCACUAGUAAAUGAAUCCAGGAUCAGCAAGAUAUCGCAGACUAAUAAGACGAUAAGCGAGUCCAUCGCUUGGAAGAAUCCAUUUGAGUUGCGUCAGGAAGAAUUUAUUGACAUUGACAUGAUCGACGACUAA